AUGCCCAGUGUCACCAGGCUCCAAAUCACACCACUUGCAGAGUCCUUUGCCGCCGAAGUCGAAGGGAUCGAUUUCUCCAAGCCGAUUGAUGACAACCUCUUUGAGGAAUUUAGAGAUGCUGUCCACAAAUACGGCGUGGUCAUAAUUCGCAAAACUGCGCUAGAUGAUGAUUCUGCCAUUGCCCUUGGGCGACGAUUUGGGGAACUCGACAGCGUCAGGGCCCACCGGCUGGCUGGGAGGGCAAUGAGGAUUCCAAACGACGAAAUAUUCGACGUAGGGAACCUGGAUGACAAGAAUCAAGUCGUUACAGUUAAGGAUCCCCAUCGCACAGCGUCUGCAAAUGGCAACGCGCUCUGGCAUGCAGAUGGGGCUUUCAAUCCUCGCCGCACUGGUGUCUCGAUCCUUCGAGGUGUCGAACUCCCUCCCAAAGGUACCGGAGGCCAUACAGAGUACUUGGACACUCGAACAGCAUACGACGACCUUCCAGAGGAAAAGAAAAAGGAGAUCGAGGACCUGGUGGGAUGCAACUCGUUAUUCCACAACCGUAAGACGGCCAAUCCUGAUUCGCCCCUUUUCCUGGACAUCAACCCGAUGGAUCACCCCCUAGCUAAGCACAAGAUUGCUCAAAUGCAUGAACCUUCUGGUCGAAUGAAUCUCUACGUCACCUCGUAUACUCAUCACAUCGACGGCAUGGAUCUUGAAAGGGGCCAGGGAUUAAUCAAGGAGAUAUUUGAACACGUCCAACAGGACAAGUAUAAGUUUGUACAUCAUUGGCACGAGAACAAUGAUGUUGCAAUAUGGGACAAUUGUGCUGUGCUGCACAGGGCAACCCAUGGGGAAUAUGAGGGUAAAUAUAGGAGGGACAUGAGGCGAGUGUCAGUCUUCGAUACCGGCUCGACUGCCUAUGGAGAGAACGAUGUUUCCACAUACUGGCAGCAGGGUCUUCCAUAG